CAGGCCCCAAGGCCAAGCAGAGCUCCAGCGAGGACGAGGCCGACGGUGACAGCCGGGCCACCAGGGGCACAAAGGGGACAAAGGGGACAAAGGGCCAGCGCAGGAAGGGCCCCGACGGGGAGAGGGCAGCCAUGGCGGCCUCGGGCUACCUGAACCUGGCGGCCGACGCCGCCCACAACUUCACCGACGGGCUGGCGCUGGGGGCGGCGUUUUGGGGCGGCCCCGCCCGGGGAACGCUGACGGCGCUGUCGGUGCUGCUGCACGAGCUGCCCCACGAGCUGGGGGACAUGGCCAUGCUGCUGCGAGCCGGCUGCUCCAAGGGACAGGCCAUGCUCCUGCAGCUGCUGACCGCCUUGGCCGCCCUGGCCGGCGCCGCCUGCUCGUUGCUGGCCGAGGGCUCCGGGACCGGCGCCAUUUCGGGGAUCCUUCCCUUCACGGCCGGCGGCUUCAUCUACCUGGGCACGGUGUCGGUGCUGCCCGAAAUCCUGAGGGACUCCGGCCCCGGCCAAGCCCUGCUGCAGCUCCUGGCGCUGCUGGCCGGCGUGGCCAUGAUGCUGCUCAUCGCCUACUAUGAGUAGGAAUUCCUAAAAAUCCCAAAAAUCCCCAAAUCUCCUUUUGUCCUCCCCGUCCCGUGUGGAAUGGGAGGUGCCCCUUCCUGAGUUUAUCCCAUUUUGGGACCAAAUUGAGGCUUCUCUCUGAGGAAAAUGGGAGAUUUAGGGUUCAAAGCGUGAGAAAAACGGGAGAUUUGGGGUUUAGAGGGGGAAUUUUGAGGGAUUUUUGGGAAUUUGGAGGGAUGGGGGUGGGGUGUUGUUUUUUUACCACUAAUGAUGGUGUCAUGGCGAAUCAUGAUGGAUUAAAACGUAAGGAUGAGGA